CGUCGAUGUCACCAGCGAAACUCAUAGCAUAUCGUCAUAUCGACAUAUACAUACUUCUUCAGCCCAGCUAAACCAGUAGACCAAAUCUCAUCAGCUCGCAAUCAUGGCACCUAAGAAGAAGGGACAGAAGAUGGACCUCUCGUCCUUUUUGGCCGAUACCGCUACCGGUAACUGGGCCGACGAGAUGGAGGAUAUCCCUAUCGCACCCAGCGUCAAAGACCCCAACGCCCUCAAACGAGGCGACCCCGGCUACUUCGAUUCCAUCCCUGACCGUUCCUCUUCUCGGUACCUCGACCGAGCCGGUGGUGGUGGUGGAUUCGGAGGUAGGGACGGACAAGAAGGCAGGGGAGGGAGGGAAGAGUUGCCUUUGCCCACGAGACCGCCUUAUACGGCUUUCGUUGGCAACUUGGCUUUCGAGACGAUCGAGGAUGAUUUGCAGGGGUUCUUUGAGGGUAUCGAGACCGUCUCCACCAAGCUCAUCAAGGGACACGACGACAAGCCUAAAGGGUUCGGAUACGUCGAGUUUACGACCUUGGACGGGUUGAAGGAGGCGCUCGAGAGGAGCGGAGGACAGAUGCAGGGGAGGACCGUCAGGGUCAGCGUGGCCGAGCCUCCCAAGACGGGUGGAUUCGGAGGUGGUUUCGGCGGUGGAGCCUCGAUGGCCGAAUCUGCCGACCAAUGGCGACGAUCCGGACCUCUCCCUCCCCGAUCGCCGACUACCAGCCGUGCCACUCCUUCCCGUACCUACUCUUCCAACCGAUUCGACGCCGACUCGGCCGGUCCUACUGCCGCGCCUAUCGACAGGGACUGGGGUGCCGCCAGGGGUAGCAAGUUCACCUCGACCGCUGACGCUCCUGCGCCCGUUCGACGAGAAUCCGGGUUCAGCGGGCUUGGCGAGCGAGGCGGUGGGGGUCCUCAGAGAUCAGAAGGAGGGUUCAACGGGGCUGCAGGUGGAAACUUCCGGGAUAGGAUGACCGGUGGAGAACGUGAACCUCGUGGUGACCGUCCUCCUCCCCUGGCCGAGACGCCAGACGAUUGGAGGUCGAACCGUCCUCCUCGAGAGGCGCCUCCUGUGACCUCAAACUUCACCCCAGCUGCUCCUGUCACUCUCGGAAGGGAAGCCUCGCACGGACCGAAAUCCAAGGGAGGGUUUAUGGAGAGGGAACCUAUUGUUUUGUCUGGACAGGCUGCCGAGGAGACCUGGUCGAGAGGAAGCAAGUUUACCGCGACCGAGCCUCCCGCGCCCCGACCCGAGGUCGUCAGGAAGGAGUCGGUACCCGCUCCGGCUCCCCGAGUGGAAUUGGAGCAAUCAAACUGGCGUUCAAGUAAACCUGCUAGCAAGGAGCCUACUCCUACUUCGUCUGCCCAGGCAUCGCCUCACCCCGCUAGGGCUCAACCUAAAGUCACCUCGCCGAGCGUCGAGUCUGAAGCCAAGCCUAGCAAGAUCGGAUCGGAUUGGCGAGCAGCCAGGCCCGAGCGAAAGGUCGAGGAGAAGCCCGCUGCCGCCAAGCCGACCGAAGGCGAGGCACCUGUCAGAGGUCAACCUCCUAUGAACCGUGGAGGUUUGGCUGCUGCCGGUGGAAACUUCCCCCGAAACAUGCCUAACAGACGAGGAGGCCCUCAGCAGGCCGCCAAGUUGUCCGAGAACAAGAACGAGAACAGCAAUGAGAACCGAAAGAAGUUUUCGUUUGCCGCUGCCAAGGGGAUGGAUGACUUUGUCGAGGGUUCGGGGAACGACGAGACCGAGGGCAUCACCAAAGGUGUGAACGAGACUCAGAUCUAGGACCGGGUGACGAUCGAGACGAAGAAGCAAUAGUGGUGGUUUAAAGGCACCGAACGAACAAAUACGAGAGAUCAAAAAGGAGAACGGCGCCAGGGAGCAAGACCGCAAGCAAGUGUAUAUCGAAAAUCCAACCCCUUUCACCAUCCG